UGAUUGUUUUUUUCUUCCAUUUUUCCAAACUUCUUAUCAAUUUCAGGUUUAGUAUUUUGACUAUUGUACUACUGUAUACUUUUUUUUUGGGCUUGAGAAAUUAGAUGUUGUUAUGUUUUGCGUAUAAUAUUUGUGAACUCAAAAUAAAAAUCUCUUUUUUUCUUUUUUUUUCAUAUUUUCCAGGUUUUGCCGAUAUUUUUUCUUCCCUGAAUGCUGCUGUAAAGUGUUAAUUCCCCUCUCUACUGAGUUUCUUGAAAAUUUUCUGGUUUUUGGGAUUUGUGCAACUCCCAAGUCGAUUCCUUUGAGACUUUCUGGGUUUUGAUUUGAGCUGCCGAUUGGAUUUAAAGUUUUAGUCUUGUUUGGUAAGUUGUAUCCUUUUGAGAUGUUGAAUUUGCUCUUCUGAUAAGUAGGGCUUUUGAUUUUAGGCUUACUCGUCUUGGAUUCGUAUAUCUAGUCGCUGAUUUGGUUUGAAAACCAGCUAAAUCUUGGAUCUUGAAUGAUUAACCAUCUUAGUUUGAUUCCUGAAAGUAUACCAUAGCCGCUUAGGAUCCGUUUGGCCUUGUUAUUGGCUCAGAUUCUGCGAGGACGGUUUAAAGUUUCAAGCUUUUCAUUCCUUCCUCUGAAUCAGCCCGUGUAGUUUGGACGGCUUGAUCUGUAUCUGCUCUCGUGAGGGCAUGAACAGAACGGCGGUCUCAGGAGCUCUCGAGUCGAGUUUCUCAUUGACUGAUGCUCUUGGUACGGAAGCUCUAAAUAUGCAGAGGAGCAGCGGCAUCAAUAAUAAUAUGCGUAUCCCAACAUCACCAAUGUCUUUCUCCUCGAAUAGCGGUAACAUGCCUGGUUCAUUAGUUCUUGAUGGAUCUGCUUCAAUGCAACACUUACCUCAGCAGCAGCAGCAGCAGCAACUACUACAACAGCAAGCAGGACAAGGUUCAGUUCCAAUGAGGGAGAACAAUUAUUCCCAUGUGGAUAAGAAACCCAGAUUACAAGUGAAGCAAGAGGAUAUGUUGCAGCAGCAGAUUUUACAGCAGUUGAUCCAGCGUCAGGACCCCACGGGGAGGAAUCCUCAGUUCCAAGCUUUGCUUCAGCAGCAGAGACUCAGGCAACAUCAGCAGAUGCUUCAAUCCAUGUCACCCUCUCAGAGACUCCAACUUCAGCAGCAGCAGCAGUUGAGACAGCAAUUACAGCAACAAGGAACCCAACAGAUUCCUCCUAAUGUACGUCCUUAUGAAGUUGGCGUGUGUGCUCGGAAAUUGAUGAUGUACUUGUAUCAUCUGCAGCAACGGCCUGCUGAAAAUUGCAUUACCUAUUGGAGGAAAUUUGUGGCAGAAUACUUCUCACCUCGUGCAAAGCAAAGGUUGUGCUUGUCACAGUACGAAAGUGCUGGACACCAUGCACUUGGCAUGUUUCCACAGGCAGCUCCGGAUAUGUGGCAGUGUGAUCUUUGCGGCACCAAGUCUGGAAAGGGAUUUGAGGCAACGUUUGAUGUGCUUGCCAGACUUAUUGAAAUCAAAUUCGCAAGUGGUAUUAUUGAUGAGCUCUUAUAUCUGGAUCACCCUCGAGAAAACAGAUUUCCCAAUGGACUGAUGAUGUUAGAAUAUAGAAAAGCAGUUCAGGAAACUGUACACGAGCAGUUCCGUGUUGUCCGUGAAGGCCAUCUUCGUAUCAUAUUCUCUCAAGAUCUGAAGAUACUGUCUUGGGAGUUUUGUGCUCGGCGUCAUGAAGAGCUUCUUCUUCGCAGACUUAUUGCUCCCCAGGUGAACCAGUUACUUCAGGUUGCACAGAAAUGCCAGAGCACGAUCUCAGAGAGUGGGUCAGAGGGAGUUUCUCAGCAGGAUUUACAGUCAAACAGUAACAUGGUCUUGGGAGCUGGACGGCAACUGGCAAAGUUCAUGGAAUUACAGUCGCUGAAUGAUCUUGGCUAUCCAAAAAGAUAUAUCAGAACUCUACAGAUAUCUGAAGUUGUCAAGAGCAUGAAGGAUCUGAUGAAUUUCACUGGCGAGCACAAAAUCGGUCCUAUUGAAGGGUUGAAACGGCUUCUGGAACAGACGGUGACAGUGAAGCUCCAGAGACAGAAAAUGCAAGAAAUGGAGCAGUUUGGGAAUAGUGAAUCUAUGAAUGGGCCAGCUCAAGCUCAAAUGGCUUUAACUUCAGGAACAAUGAAUGGCUCAACUGGCAACAACGCCAAUAAAAACCAUCAAAUUGUUGGUCGUGGAGCUAUGAGUGGGCCAGCUCAAGCUCAAAUGGCGUUAUCUGCAGGUAUGAUGAGCGGUUCAACUGCCAACAACAACUCCAGUAAUCACCAGCAAAUUGUUGGUGGUGGAGCUAUGAAUGGCUCAGCUCAAGCCGCAGCAGCUCUGACCAACUACCAAAGCAUGCUUAUGAGGCAAAAUGCUAUGAAUAACCCAAACUCAAAUACGGGUAAACAAGAGGGGUUCUCGAGUCAGAACCCAACCCCGAACUCAAACCAGAGUCCAUCUUCUUCAUCCCAUCAGAGGCAGAACUUAGUUACAGGUGGAUUUCCCAGCUCUCCUCAAAUGCAACAGCAGCAGCGCACCAUGAAUGGCGCUUCCAACAUGCUUCCGCAGAAUCAUCCUCGUCAGUUGCAAUCCCCACAGUCACAUGGUAACACUCCGGAGCAGCAGAUGCUUCAUCAGCUGUUGCAAGAGAUGUCUGAUAAUGGAGCGAGUGUGCAACAGCAACAAGCCUUUUCAGGUCAAAGUGGUAGCAACAGUAACGCAGAGAGAAACACAACGGCCUCUACUUCUAACAUCUCAGGAGGAGGCCGAGCUCCAAGCCGAAACAACAGUUUUAAAGCAGCCUCAAAUAGCAACCUUCAUUUUUCAGAAGAUAUAUCGAUUACAGACCAUGAUUUCUCAGAAGAUGGCUUCUUCAACAACAGCGAUAUCUAUGGUGGCUUGUAAUAUCCGGACAGGACAGAGGCAUUGUUACUUUGACUUAACACAGUGAAAAAGACUUUAGGGCUUAUUUUUCUCAUUUAGGUUGGUCUUUGUAUAGAAACCAAAGAGAUAUGAGGCCGGCCAAUGAAGGACUUUGUGAUUUGUUGUAACCUAUCUAUAGGAACUUUUAGCAUCUUCAAUUUUUUCCCUUUUAGAGAUAGAUGAAAUCUUAGAUUAUGAUUCUGCAGACACUUUCAAGUAAUCUUAUUCUUUUUUAUCUUUAACU